GCGCGUCCUCUGAUGGCAGCCAUGGCCGAAACCGUGGCAUCGCUCAUCAAGAUGGUAGAGGAGGCACCCCUUCACAUCCUAUUAAUAGCGGCUGUAGCACUGGCCGUACUCGCCUUCUAUGGUGUAUGGAUUCUAUUUGCUCGCCAGCUUCUGGCAACGAGUGGCUCAGCUAAUCUAUACGCAGCUCUAUGCCGUCCUACAUCUCGUCGCCCCGAAGCCACGCCCCGUCCUACCCUCCGAAAAGACUUAUCUCACCACCACGCCUACCGGCGUUGCUACGCGACAGCUCCCGUGCUGGCACGACCAAUGGCUAGCCGAACGCCACGAGAGCGAGAACGAGGCCCGAACCAAGCACGACGAUCCUGCGGGCGCAGACAUCGCCGAUGCCGGCUUCAUCGAGCCUGCCGAGGUGCGCAUGAGCGUCGUGUUCCCGGCCUACAACGAAGAAGAUCGUAUCCUGCCGACCCUGAAGGAGGCGGUUGAGUACCUCGACGCAACGUUUGGCCGCGAAACCCGCCUGCGCCCGAACGCACCCCAUAAGCGACCCCCCCCUUCCCCGCGUAGGCAUGUUAAGAAUGCGCCCCGCGAGGAUCUGUCCGGAUACGAGAUCAUCAUCGUGAAUGACGGAAGCAAGGACAAAACGGUUGAUGUGGCACUGAGUUUCGCGCGGGAGCACGGCCUGCACGAUAUCCUCCGUGUCGUCACCCUCGAGAAAAACCGGGGCAAGGGGGGCGGUGUCACCCACGGCCUUCGCCAUGUGCGCGGCGAGUACGCCUUGUUCGCCGACGCGGACGGAGCCUCGAGGUUCAGCGACCUGGAGAAGCUGAUCGAAGGCUGUGAGGAGGUAGCCGAUGGCGCGCACCGGGGCGUCGCGAUCGGCAGCCGGGGCCACCUGGUGGGUAGCGAGGCGGUGGUGCGGCGGUCGGCGCUUCGCAACUUCCUCAUGCGCUCAUUCCACCUAGUGUUGAUGAUCCUGACGCCGCCGGCGACAUCGCGUAUCCGCGACACGCAAUGCGGCUUCAAGCUAUUCUCGCGCGCGACGCUGCCUCAUAUUGUACCGUACAUGCACGCUGAGGGAUGGAUCUUUGACAUCGAGAUGCUGAUGCUGGCCGAGUCGGCGCCUGCCGUGCCGGUACUCGGCCACGACGGCACCGUCAUCGGCAGCAGUCCCGGCAUUAAGGUUGCCGAGGUGCCUAUCGACUGGCACGAAGUCGGUGGCAGCAAGCUCAACGUCAUUCAAGACAGCAUCAAGAUGGCUAUCGGUCUCGCUGUGCUACGUGCUAGCUGGAUGAUGGGCGUGUACCGCCGGCGACUAACCUAAAGGUUAAGGAAGAAGAGCAAACGGAAGAAGGGAGAGAAGAAGAAGAAGAAGAAGACGAAAAAGACAUAUAG